CGGUUGCUGGCCAAGCUGGGGAGGCGGAGAAGACUGUCGUUGCCUGAGCCGUCGCAUCCCGAGGGAGUCGUGCCGCUGCCACCCGGGCUCCGGAGCUCUCCCGUCGCCCCUACGUCGCCCCCAGGCUCGUGUGUACACGCCGGAUCUCGCCAGUCGCUCAAACCUCGCCGCGCGGGCCGCGCCUCCAGCAUUAUGUGCGGUAUAUUUGCUUAUUUGAAUUACCAUGUUCCUCGCACAAGACGAGAAAUCUUGGAGACCCUAAUCAAGGCCUUCAGAGACGUUUUAAAAGAAAGGAAAGAACAACAGGAUAUGGAUUUGGAUAUAGAAUUUGAUGUACAUCUUGGAAUAGCUCAUACCCGUUGGGCAACACAUGGAGAACCCAAUCCUGUUAAUAGCCAUCCCCAGCGCUCUGAUAAAAAUAAUGAGUUUAUUGUUAUUCAUAAUGGAAUCAUCACCAACUACAAAGACUUGAAAAAGUUUUUGGAAAGCAAAGGCUAUGACUUUGAAUCUGAAACAGAUACAGAAACAAUUGCCAAGCUUGUUAAAUACAUGUAUGACAACUGGGAAAGUCAAGACAUCAGUUUCACUACGUUGGUGGAGAGAGUUAUCCAACAGCUGGAAGGUGCUUUUGCACUUGUAUUUAAAAGUGUUCAUUUUCCUGGGCAAGCAGUUGGCACAAGGCGAGGUAGUCCUCUAUUGAUUGGUGUACGGAGUGAACAUAAGCUUUCUACGGAUCAUAUUCCAAUACUGUAUAGAACAGCUAGGACUCAGCUUGGAUCACAGUUCACACGGUGGGGAUCACAGGGAGAAAGAGGCAAAGACAAGAAAGGAAGCUGCAAUCUCCCUCGUGUGGACAGCACAACUUGCCUUUUCCCUGUUGAAGAAAAAGCAGUGGAGUAUUAUUUUGCUUCUGAUGCAAGUGCUGUCAUAGAACACACCAAUCGGGUCAUCUUUCUAGAAGAUGAUGAUGUCGCAGCUGUGGUGGAUGGCCGUCUUUCUAUCCAUCGAAUUAAACGAACGGCAGGAGAUCAUCCUGGAAGAGCUGUGCAAACCCUCCAGAUGGAACUCCAGCAGAUCAUGAAAGGCAACUUUAGUUCAUUUAUGCAGAAGGAAAUUUUUGAGCAGCCAGAAUCUGUUGUGAACACAAUGAGAGGAAGAGUCAACUUUGAUGACUACACUGUGAAUUUGGGUGGUUUGAAGGAUCACAUUAAGGAGAUCCAGAGGUGUCGCCGUUUGAUUCUUAUUGCUUGUGGAACAAGUUACCAUGCUGGUAUGGCAACGCGGCAGGUACUUGAGGAGCUGACAGAGUUGCCGGUGAUGGUGGAACUAGCCAGUGACUUCCUGGAUAGAAACACACCAGUCUUUCGAGAUGAUGUUUGCUUUUUCAUUAGUCAGUCAGGUGAGACAGCAGAUACCCUGAUGGGGCUCCGUUAUUGUAAGGAGAGAGGUGCUUUGACUGUGGGGAUCACAAAUACAGUCGGCAGCUCUAUAUCAAGGGAGACAGAUUGUGGAGUUCACAUUAAUGCUGGUCCUGAGAUUGGUGUGGCCAGUACAAAGGCUUACACCAGCCAAUUUGUGUCUCUUGUGAUGUUCGCUCUUAUGAUGUGUGAUGAUAGGAUCUCUAUGCAGGAGAGGCGCAAGGAGAUCAUGCUUGGAUUGAAACGGCUGCCAGACUUGAUUAAGGAAGUGCUGAGCAUGGAUGAUGAAAUUCAGAAACUGGCAACAGAACUGUAUCAUCAGAAGUCAGUCCUGAUAAUGGGGCGAGGCUAUCAUUAUGCCACUUGUCUUGAAGGAGCACUGAAAAUCAAGGAAAUUACUUACAUGCACUCUGAAGGCAUCCUUGCUGGUGAAUUGAAGCAUGGGCCCCUGGCUUUGGUAGAUAAACUGAUGCCUGUCAUCAUGAUCAUCACGAGAGACCACACGUACGCCAAGUGUCAGAAUGCUCUUCAGCAGGUAGUUGCUCGUCAGGGCCGCCCUGUGGUGAUUUGUGAUAAGGAGGAUACUGAGACCAUUAAGAACACAAAAAGAACGAUCAAGGUGCCCCACUCAGUGGACUGCUUGCAGGGCAUUCUCAGUGUGAUCCCCUUACAGUUGCUGGCCUUCCAUCUUGCUGUGUUGAGAGGCUAUGACGUUGAUUUUCCACGGAAUCUUGCCAAAUCUGUAACUGUGGAGUAAUGAGCACCCGGAAGCUGAGACAAGUCAGCAACACAAGACACCUUUCGUAUUUAAAACUUUGAUUUAAAACACCACCUCUGGAAGCCUUUUUUAGUAAAUCCUUAUUUAUAUAUCAGUUACAAUUAUUCCACUCAACUUGUGAUUUUUGUGAAAAUGCCUCUUAUAUUUUUCCAGUAAAUAUGCUUAAUGAAAUCUGUAUUGGAAUCCAUACCAGAAAGAUUUUAGCUAUUAAAGAACGAGGUACUAAAUUUCCGGGUACUUGACUUCAAUCUGGGAGGAUUUUGUUAUGUUUUUGAAUUUUAAAUAAUUGCUUUUUGUUUUUACCAUGCUUCUGUUCAUUCACACCAGUGAAGGGGCAGUGCAUUUAAUUGGAUGUCUGAAGCCAGUGGCAAUAUAGUGCAAUUGUUGGACAUCUACUGACGAUUUUGUUAAGUUAUAUAGAAACAAAAAGAUGCUGUGGUGUUUGUUUUUUUUUUUGCUUGUUUGUUUG